AUGGCUCCUCCACAGCUCAGCAGCGACCCUGGCGUGAAGGAGGCGGAGAGCGGCGGGAGCUGCUCCCGCCGCUUCUUCACCUGGGAGGAGGUCGGGCUGCGCGCGGGCCGGAUCCAGCCUGGCGAGGAUCGCUGGCUGGUGAUCGACAGGAAGGUCUACGACGUCAGCCGCUUCCACAAGCGGCACCCGGGGGGCUCCCGGUUGAUCCGGCACUACGCCGGGCAGGACGCCACGGAUGCAUUCAUGGCAUUCCACCUUGAUAAAGGCCAAGUGAGCAAGUACUUGAAGUCAUUACUGAUUGGGGAGCUGGCACCAGAUCAACCUAACUCUGAGCCCAACAAAAAUCAACUGAUAGUAGAGGACUUCCGGAAGCUGCGAUCCACUGUUGAGAAGACGGGACUCCUAAAGCCCAACAGUCUCUUCUUCUUACUAACUUUCCUCCAUAUUGUGCUACUGGAUGUUGGUGCUUGGUUGACCAUCUGGUACUUUGGAUCAUCUUUAGUACCAUUCUUCAUAGGCGUUGCAUUAUUUACUACUGCUCAGUGCCAAAUGAACUGGUUCCAGCAUGACUUAGGACACCUUUCUGUCUUCAGCAACUCGAAGUGGAAUCAUGUGGUACACACAAUCUUAAUGAGCCUAAUGAAAGGAAUGCCAGCUAAAUGGUGGAAUAACCUGCAUUUCCAGCACCAUGCCAAGCCCAAUUGCUUUCGUAAAGAUCCUGAUCUUAACAUGCACCCCAUUGUGUUUGCUUUGGGGAAAAAACUGUCUGCAGAGCUUGGGAUGCGGAAAAAGAAGUUCAUGCCUUACAACCAUCAACACAAGUACUUCUUCAUUGCAGGUCCAGGUUUGCUGGUCCCCUUCUUCCAGUUCUCUGUGUUCUACUUCUCAAUCAAGCGAAAAGAUUGGCUGGCACUAGCAUUGAUUGUGACCUACAACAUCAGAGUUUGUCUAAUCUACGUACCCCUCAUGGGAUUUAAAUGGUUUAUGGCAUAUUACUGGCUGUCCAGGUUUCUUGAGGCCUCUUGGUUUAUUUGGGUUUCACAAAUGAACCACAUCCCAAUGCAAAUUGAUUAUGAUAAAAAUAUGGACUGGUUGUCAAUGCAGCUCCAAGCAACCUGCAAUGUGGAUCAAUCCUUUUUCAAUGACUGGUUUACUGGCCAUCUGAACUUCCAGAUUGAACACCACCUUUUCCCCACAAUGCCUCGACACAACUUCUGGAAAGUGGCCCCUCUGGUGAAAUCCCUCUGUGCCAAGCAUGGCAUUGCCUACCAAUGCAAGCCACUGCUGACUGCCUUUGGAGACAUUUUGCACUCUCUAAGGCAUUCAGGAGAAGCCUGGUAUGAUGCAUAUAUGCAUACAUGAGAAGUUCCUCAAGAAUACAUCACAGAUUGAGGGCAAUUAAUGUGCUGAAGAAGAAUUUGGGGUCUUGUGGGUGAGCUAGGCAGAUGUUAGUGAAUUUGGGGCAUU